AUGACAUCUAUAGGAACUGGUUACGAUCUUGCGAACAGUGUUUUUUCGCCAGAUGGUAGGAAUUUCCAAGUGGAAUAUGCAGUGAAGGCGGUUGAGAACGGUACUACUUCUAUUGGUAUUAGAUGCAAUGAUGGUGUUGUAUUUGCUGUAGAGAAACUAGUUUCUUCGAAGCUGCUGGUCCCUAAACGUAAUGUAAAGAUUCAAACCAUUGAUCGUCACGUUGGUUGUGUUUACUCUGGAUUAAUUCCUGAUGGUAGACAUUUAGUUAACAGAGGUCGUGAAGAAGCUCAAAGUCACAAGAAAACAUUUGGUGAAUCAAUUCCACUACAAGCGUUAGCUGAUCGUCUUGGUUAUUACGUGCAGGCACAUACUUUGUACAAUAGUGUGAGACCAUUUGGUGUGACGGCAAUCUUUGGUGGUGUUGACGAUAAAGGUCCUCAUCUUUAUAUGUUAGAACCAAGUGGUACGUUUUGGGGAUAUAAAGGUGCUGCAACGGGUAAAGGUAGACAAACUGCUAAGGCAGAAUUAGAAAAAGUAAUUGACCAGCAUCCUGAGGGCCUAUCAGCAAAGGAUGCUGUUAAAGAAGCCGCUAAAGUGAUUUAUUUGGCUCACGAAGAUAACAAGGAGAAAGAUUUUGAAUUAGAGGUAAGUUGGUGUUCUUUGAAAGAAACGAAUGGAUUACACAAACUUGUAGGAAAUGAAUUGUUAGAGGAAGCCAUCGAAUAUGCCAAGAAAGAAGUCAAUGGUGAUCAAGAUAGUGACAGUGAUGCUUCAAGUGAUGAAGAAGGUGGUAACAAUAACAAUGGCGACGAUAAUGAUAACAACAGGUCAGGCGCUAAUGUGGACGCCGAAGGUGACGUUCAAAUAGAGUAA